AUGGAUUCUAGCUCAGAAGAAAUAGUUUCAUCAUCAUCAUCACCAACUAAAAGGGUUCACAAGAAGAGAGGAAGCAACCAACAAGUAGUGGAAGAAAGCAUCAAGAAGCCAAAGACACAAGAAAAUGAUGAUGAUGAAGUUGAAGAAAGUAAUGGUGAUGAUGAUCAUGAUGAUUAUCAAGAAGAUUCAUCAGAGAAAAGGUUGUUAUUAGAGAGGUUGAAAGAAUUUGAUAAAACAAAGCACAAGAUCUCAAGAAAGAUUAGAGAAAGAUAUGUGUGUCACACUUGCAAGAUGGUGUUCCCAACAUUUCAUGCAGUGAGUUGCCAUGUUCAUGAUGAGAAGAUCAAUAAUCAUAACCAUCUUUCUUCUAAUUCAUUAUCAUCACCAUCUCCAACAACAACAACAACCGUUAAUGAUGACAACAAUAAAGUUGGUAAGUUAGUUAUUAAUAAUUUUAAUGAUGAACAUGUCAAAAAUAAUAGUGAGUCUAAAUUCAAUAAGGGAGUAGUGGUUAAUGAUCCUCCUACUAUUAGAAGAGUGCUAGAUUUUGAUCUCAAUGAGUUGCCUCAUGCGGAGGAAGAUAAAUAA